AUGGAUGAUGACGUAUCCGACGGUCCCCCGCCAGAGCGCAGCGCACGCGUGCGGCCAACACACCGCAGUACCCUUCCGGCACUUACGCGUCACAAAGCAGUCGAUCCGCGCUUCAGCGAUCUCUACGGUACCGUUGACCAAAAACAGUUUGAAAGUCACUACAAGUUUCUUCGCGAACAGCAGGAGGAAGAGGAGACGCGUCGCAGGCAUCGCAUGCGCUGCCUUAAGUGCAUUGUCAGACGUGGAGAGCUUGAGGCGAGUGGGGCGAAUUUGGAGGAAUACGAUCUUUCAGAGAAUGAGCGGGAGGUGUUCGGGGAGGACCAUCUCGAUGAGUUGUUGGCGAUGAAACUUCGGCCGCUGCCAGACCUGCAGAUGGAGCUUCAGGGGCUGCAGCGUGAGUCGCAACGGCACGUGUCACGUAUGAAGGGUCGCCAGGUGCAGUCGCGUCGCGACAACCUGAGGAAGGAAAUUAUCAAACGGGAGGCGGUGGCGGUGAAAGAGGGGAAAAAGCAGCGGCCAUUCAUUCCGAAGCGGGCGCAGCUCAAGCGUGAGAUUCUCGCUGACACGUUUGAGCGACUUGAAAGGAAGGGCGGAAAACGGGCGGUUGACAAGUACGUGGAGCGCAAGAGUCGGCGAUAA